AAUGUCAAAAUUAGAUCAACACAAGUUCUCUAUUUAUAUUUUACGAAAAAAAUCAGCCAAAGGGCGUAAGUUUUCCGGUUUUCCGUUAUGGAAUCACCUAAAAAGAAAGACCAAGAGCUACCCGAUGGAUGGAUUUUAUGCAAGUCCAAAUCAAUUCCGGGGAGAAACUAUUAUUUUAAUAGGAAAACCGGAAAAUCUUCAUGGACGCAACCACAGGAUGAUGACAAUUCUCAAAAAAAGACCUCAUGUAAUAAGGAGAAAAUAAUUAAUAAACAGGACAAGAGGAAGAGAGAGGAGACUACCAAGAAAGUUGCUAAACGAAAAAGCGAUGGCAAUGAAGAAAGUACAUCAAAGAAAAAGACCAAACAAGACACCACAGAUGCUUCGAGCAGUUACAUCAAUAAUAGUAACACCAGUAUAUCUGGUAAUAUCAGUAAAAUUAGUAACACAAGUAUUACUGGGAACACUAGUAUUACUGGGAACGAUAGUAGUACCAGUAACAAGGAAAGUCCGAUACAAAAUGCGAAAAAAAUGAAGUUUGAUACUCCUCAAAGCACCAGCACACCGAAAAUUCAAAAAGGCACUCCCAGAAAGUCUAUUCCAUCAAAAACUGUCACGAGAAGUAUCUCUAGUUCAGCGGAGAGCUCACGCAGACAAACUCCUGUAAGGAACUUAGCCAAUGCAAGACUAUCAAAUUUGAGAAGUAAGCAAAAUUCUGAAGCAAAGAAUGAAGAGAGUUUAGAAGUUUCGCCAGGUAAAAAUAAAACUAAUGAAAUAUCUCAAAAAUCUAAAUCGGAACGUAAGAGUCCGUUAAAUGACUCUAGGACUACACAGUCACCGAGCAGUGAUAGUUUACAGUCUAUCCCGUCACCAUCACAGUUCUUUGCAGCAAAUAAAAUAAUUUCGUCUAUGAAAGCUCAGUUACCUGAAGAAUACUGUAGUAAGGAAAAACCAAAGGACACUUUUGCUGAUAUAGAGAAAGGUAUAUGCAGUCAAACCCCAGAAUAUCCAUUUUCUAAACACCCCACUACCCCACCACAGUUUUCUGAAGCCAGUAAGCUAGUGUCAGCUAUCAAAUCCAAGUUAGCUUACAAAGUGUCAGCACCCAAAGAAAUAAAGACAUUCUCGUCAGCAAAAAACAGGAUGGACUCCUUGAGAAAUAGAUUGAGUUUUGAAACUGAAAAGGAAACUAGCAGUUUUUUAAAUAAUGGCAACGAAUUGGAUCCUAAUCAUGAUGAGGCUAUGGAGACAGAAGACAUUAGAGAGGUGAAACAAAUAAUGCCAUCAUUUCCGGUGGCACGGGAGAACAUCAGCAACACAGACAAUGUGAUACUAGUUGUUGAUACCAAUAUUUUUAUACACGAACUUGACUUUAUCAAGAAUGUACUCAACUCACACAUCAAAGGUUACAGUGAGCAGCCGACGCUGCUGGUGCCGUGGCGCGUGAUCAACGAGCUGGACCGCCUGAAAGACAACAACAACGGCAACGGCGCGCUGUGCAAACGAGCUAAGGCCGCCAUGGACUACCUCUAUAAGUCACUGCCUGAAAACAGCCGCAUCAAAGGUCAGUCGUUAAGGGACGCAAACUCCCACAUCUACCCGUGCGAGGUGCCGGACGAUGAGAUCCUGAACUGCAGUCUGCAGCAGAUGGAGAGGGGCAGAAACGUGAUCCUAGUGUCAAACGACAAGAACUUAUGCAACAAAGCCUCGAUCAAUGGCGUAAAACGAAUAGACGUCAAAGAACUGAAGAAGUUGGUAGAAAAUAAGCCACAGCCUAGCGACCCAGACCUUCUGGCCAGCGUCAAGCGGUACCAACAGACCAUAUACCAUCUAUUGGCCAACAUAUUGGAGAAUGAAAUGCGUGCGAAGUACGACAAUCUCUGGCAACACGUGCUAUUCAAAGCGCCGCCUUGGACGUUGGCCGACGUGCUCCAAUGUUUGCUCAAACAUUGGAUCGCGGUGUUCAACGAGGUAUUUCCACGCAUAGAGCAACUGAUAACUGACCUCAAGAAUAGUUUGACGACUAUUGAGAAGAAAAAUCCAAAUACGCUAACCCAAUCGGAAGUGGCGAAUUUCAAGGAGCUCUGUAUGGACGUGGCAAAACGAUGUCAGAUCAUACCGGAAUACAUGGAACUGGCGAAGGCGACAGUCGAGCGACUCUUGCGCAACGGCAAUGAGGUGGAUGGUACUGAUGCGGUGGUGGACGCUUUUGAGGGACUUUGGACCGUUUUCUCUAGCUAUUGUGCCAAGCUGUGCAACGCGCUGGGCGUGUGCCACAGCAUAGAGGACAAGCUGUCGGGCACAGAGCCUCUCGCCGUGCUCACCAGCAAGUGGACACUCUUCAGUGGACAUGUCAACGAUCUCACGCUAGCUAUCAACAGCGUGCUAUGUACCGAUAGUGCAGAGAGUAUAGACGAUCGAGUUGGCAGGUUAGAGGGCGCGUUCAGAGACGCGCUGUCCGCUAUUUGUAUGACCAACAACGUCACGCGGGAAGAGCUGCAGUCGUUUUGCAUCAAAUGCAGUAACAUGUUACAGGAAGCCCACAGCAAGUUCUCCCAGCUGUCGGAAAUCCUGAACGUAUGUAAACAUAAGUUAUCUAGUGAUAGUUAUACUAUGAAUUAGUUGCGCUGUACCGUCACAGUCAAUACACUUCCCACUUCUAUGAUCAUUCCACUAAAGCUGUUCGCACACUAACGCAAGCCGCACGCGCCGCAUACAACGCAAUAGGGUUUUGGACUGUAGUAAAAUAAUGUGAUGUUUUGUAUAGCGGUUUCGGGCUAGAAUUCAUUAUUUAAUCGACUUAAAAAAUGAAGUUCUGUAUUCGAUCCUUUGGUAUGAUUUUUGUUCCUGAUUUC